UCCCGCCAAAAAUACAUUUGCAUUCGGCGUGCGACGGCAAUUGCGCUUGCGAAUCGUCUUCUUGUUAUUCAUUGUUAAAAUAUUGUUUGAAAAUGGCACACGACGCGGAGCAGUACAUAAAAGAUAUACAGCGCGAGUAUGUGGACUUUCUGGACGACGAAGAGGAUCAGGGCAUCUAUGCCGGUCAUGUUAAGGACAUGAUUGCGGAGAAGAGCAAACGUCUGAUCGUAAAUAUCAACGAUCUAAAGCGCAAAAACCAACAGCGCGCAUUGGGCCUGCUGAACAACGCCUCCGACGAGCAGCUGGCAUUCGGGCGGGCACUCAAGGAAUAUGUCUCGACUGUGGAUCCCAGCUAUGCCAAACAGCACGAAGACUUCUUCGUGGGCUUCGAGGGCUGCUUUGGCAAUCGUCAUGUUACGCCUCGCUCCCUCACGUCCAUCUACUUGGGCAAUCUGGUUUGCGUGGAGGGCAUUGUCACGAAGGUCUCCCUCAUACAUCCGAAGGUGGUGCGCAGCGUUCACUAUUGUCCAGUCACACGGAAAGUGCUCGAGCGUAAAUAUACAGAUCUCACCUCGUUCGAGGCGGUGCCCUCGAGCGCCGUCUAUCCCACUAAGGACGACGAUGGCAAUCUGCUGGAAACCGAGUUCGGGCUGUCUGUCUAUAAGGAUCAUCAGACACUAACCAUACAGGAGAUGCCGGAGAAGGCGCCAGCCGGCCAAUUGCCACGCUCUGUAGACAUCGUUUGUGAUGAUGAUUUGGUGGACCGCUGCAAGCCCGGCGAUCGCGUCCAGAUCGUUGGCAACUACCGCUGCCUGCCGGGCAAACAUGGCGGCUACACCUCGGGCACCUUCCGCACCGUCCUGCUGGCCAACAACAUAUCGCUGUUGAGCAAGGAGAGCAAUCUGGACAUCUCCCGUGAGGACAUUAUGCUCUGCAAGAAGCUGGCCAAGAACAAUGACAUCUUCGAGCUGCUCAGCAAGAGUCUGGCGCCCUCCAUCCACGGCCACACGUUCGUCAAGCAGGCCAUUCUCUGCCUGCUGCUCGGCGGCGUCGAGAAGGUGCUGCCCAAUGGCACACGACUGCGUGGCGACAUCAAUAUCCUGCUCAUUGGUGAUCCCUCGGUGGCGAAGUCGCAGCUGUUGCGCUAUGUGCUCAACACGGCACCGCGUGCCAUUCCAACCACUGGACGCGGCUCCAGCGGCGUCGGCUUGACGGCAGCGGUGACCACGGAUCAGGAGACGGGCGAGAGACGCUUGGAGGCGGGCGCUAUGGUGCUCGCUGAUCGCGGCGUCGUCUGCAUCGAUGAAUUCGACAAGAUGAGCGACAUCGAUCGCACAGCCAUACACGAGGUGAUGGAACAGGGUCGCGUCACCAUCUCAAAAGCCGGAAUCCAUGCCUCGCUCAAUGCGCGCUGCUCGGUGCUGGCCGCCGCCAAUCCGGUCUACGGGCGUUAUGAUCAGUAUAAAACGCCCAUGGAGAACAUUGGAUUGCAGGACUCGUUGCUGUCCCGUUUCGAUCUGCUGUUCGUCAUGCUGGAUGUCAUUGACAGCGAUGUGGAUCAAAUGAUAUCCGAUCAUGUGGUCCGCAUGCAUCGCUAUCGCAACCCGAAGGAGGCGGACGGCGAGCCCCUCACCAUGGGCAGCUCCUAUGCCGAUUCUCUGGCCUUUGUCUCCAACACAGAGCAGAAGAAGGAAACGGAGCUGUAUGAGAAAUAUGAUGCACUGUUGCACGGCAAGUCAAGGAAGCGCCAUGAGAAGAUCCUGUCCGUGGAGUUUAUGCGCAAAUACAUUCACAUUGCCAAGUGCAUGAAACCCAAGCUGACGGAGCAGGCGUGCGAGGCGAUUGCCAAUGAGUACUCGCGCCUGCGCUCCCAGGAGGCAGUCGAGUCGGAUGUGGCACGCACACAGCCGAUCACGGCGCGUACGCUGGAGACAUUGAUUCGUUUGUCCACGGCGCAUGCGCGCGCUCGCAUGUCCAAGACGGUGACCAUGGAGGAUGCCCAUGCGGCCAUUGAGCUGGUGCAGUACGCCUACUUCAAGAAGGUCCUGGAGAAGGAGCGCGCCAACAAGCGACGUCGCAAUGGCAACGGCUCCUCCGACGAGGAGGAGGAGGAGGAGGAGAAUACAACUACUGCUACUGCAAAUACAGCAACACCCUCGCGUCGUCCCAAACGCACACGCACCGAACCCGAUCCAACCAUCGACAGCGACGAGGAGAUUGAGCCGCCCCAGCCGGAUGCGGGCGAUUUGACGCGUCGCGAGACCCGUCGCUCCUUGCCACUGCGUCAGCACAGCGAAACCACUGGCACAGAGUCGGCUAGCCAGGCCAGCUCGGAGCCCACAACAGCCACGCCCGCCAGCAUCAGUGAUGCACGGCUUGGCGUCUUCAAGAACAGCCUGCAGCGUCUGUUCCGCGAGGCACGCGAGCAGAGCCUCACGCUGCAGCGCAUCACGACGGCGAUCAAUGAGAACAACGCGGAGCCCUUCACGGCCGGCGAGGUGGAUGCGGCCAUGCACCGGAUGACCGAGGACAACCAGAUAAUGCUCGCUGACGACAUUGUCUUUCUUAUCUAACCAUCAGCCAUAUCUGUAUAUGUUCAUAUAUAUCGAAUGGAUUCACAUAUUCAACAAUCAUCAUUCAUCUCGUUCUCCUUUGCAGCACGUACAAAUUCUCUAUGUCUAGCGAUUAAGUC